UGUCAGACGUCUAUAAUAAUUUGCCGCCAUGAAUAUCGUAACGUACGCGCACCGGUUGAUAGUUGGAAAUUUAUUAACUAUCUUUAGCAAUGUUAUCACUUUCUUUAUAUAUGUCUUUUUUUACCUCAUCUCCUUUGGCGAUCCUUUGGGACUCAAGUUAAAGUUGAAUCCACCUGCGUGUCUUAGCGACCCUAAUUAUGGAAUACAUAAAUAUCUUAAAGUAAAUAACAUAAAACUUCAUUACGUGGAGAGCGGAGACCCUACCAAGCCACUAAUGAUCUUCGUGCACGGUUUUCCUGAGUUCUGGUACUCGUGGCGACAUCAAAUUCUUGAAUUUCAAAAGGAUUAUUGGUGCAUAGCAAUUGACAUGCGGGGCUAUGGAGAUUCAGAGAGACCCGAUGGUGUAUCUGCAUACAAGUUGGAUUUACUGGUUGAGGACAUACGGGACCUUGUGCGUCAAUUAGGUCGGGAGAAAUGCGUCCUAGUUUCUCACGACUGGGGUGGCAUUGUUGCGUGUCGAUUCCGUGAUGUGCACCCGGACGCUCUCAGCGCUAUCAUUGUUUUAGCCAGCAUGUCUUGGGAAAGCUGGUUUAAUGAAAUCUGGUCCGAACCUAAACAGAUGUUGAGGUCCUGGUACGUGUUUCAUAUGCGUUUGCCGUGGCUGUCAGAAAAAUUAUUUCAAUUAAAAUAUCUGGCGCUAUUUGACUUAAUGUUCCUAAAUUCGGGAAAGAACACUGUUACUGAAAAGGACGUCGAGUGCUACAAAUAUUGGUUUGGAAAACUAUACACGUUGACGCCUCCUAUUAAUUAUUAUCGAGCGAACUUCGUAUUCAUCGUACCUGAAAAAAAGCGUUGCGAUUUGAACAUCCCUUUCCUCCAUGCCAUGGCUGAACAUGACAAUGCAUUAGGUAUGACUCUCCUUGACAGCAUGAAGAAAGAAUACAAGCACAUUGAGUCCGUCGUCCUCAAAGGAUGCCGUCAUAUUGUACAACAAGAAGAUCCGGAUAUUGUUAAUAAGCUAAUAAGAGAGUUCCUCGCGAAACACAAUCUUUAAGGCUUUUUCAUGUUUUUAGUGAACUUUUUGAAUUGUGCGUCCUAAAUAUUGUACAAGAGUUUGUUUGCAAUCUGUACAAUACGUAUUGUAGUUACUUACAUGUAGAGACCUCUUUUUAUCUAUUCACUACAGAGGUAUAUAACCUAACGAUAAAUAUAUAUUAAUAAGAAAUUUUAACUU